CUGUAGAUACCACCCUUAUCGCGCACAUACGUUUAUAUAUGCAGUCUUGCGUUUUGUACGAACAAUAGGUUCCAGGGUACUGGUACUGAUGGUAGAAUCGUUGGAACCGUUUGUUGAUGUACGUGACUUUAAUUGGGAACUGUAAAAACGUGGUGCUGUAAUGAAUAUUUGGAACGUUAGAGGCGACUAGAUCGAUGUGGUUUGCCCGGCGACUGGGGUGCUGAAAUGUUGGAAAAUUUCACUGAAGUAAUGUCGCUUCUCCUCAGAUCAGGGCUCUCUGAAAACGUCGCUGUGUCACUAUAUGUAUAGACGAUUAAUUAUGUACCCCGACAUCGGUAACACAGGGAGGACGGUGUUGUAACAUAAGGCGCUACCAUUACUCUUUUCAAAGGAAUUUUAAAACGUAUAUACUUGUACCUGAAUUGGCCCUCGCGAGUGCCCGCCAGUGUGACCUUAGCGCCAUGCUUUACACAUCGUAUGCUUGGUAACCAUGUACAAUCCAAGAAUUUCAAAGAGGCACAUGGCCACUGUGGAAUCGUUUCUGACACUUCAUCGGAGCUGAGCACCACGCGGCGAUGAAAAGACUCUAGCGACAAGUAGCCAUGUCUGCCAACAGGAAGCGAGGGUGGUGUGUUUGGAUUUGGAAGACAUUUAUGUGGUGGACAGUUUUCCAUGUUAUACCAAAAAGUCGAGGCACCCACCAGCACCGCCACCACUUCCCAGAGGUAUUUUCCGAGGAGGACCGCCUCAUCAAGUACCUACUACGUAUCAACUCGGUACGCUCCCUAUACAGUAGACCAGUGCUGAAUUAUUCUGAUUCUGUAAACGUGAAAUUCGGAUUACAACUCAUACAAAUCAUGGACCUAAACGAACGGGACCAAGUGCUCACCCUGAACGUCUGGUCUCAUUACGAAUGGGUAGAUGUUCACCUACGAUGGAAUGUGAGUGAAUACAAAGGUGUAGAGGAGGUUCAUAUGAAACCAACCGAGCUAUGGACACCGGAUAUCAAACUUUACAACUAUGCUGACGACAGACUGACUGAGAACCGGGAUGCGAUGUGCGUGGUGAGGUAUGACGGUACCAUAACGUGGCUUCCACAGGCCGUCUACAAAAGUUCGUGUAACGUAGACGUAGCUACAUUCCCCUUCGACAAGCAACACUGUCACCUCAAGUUCGGUUCAUGGUCCUACGACGGAUUUAAACUGGACCUCCAUUUUGUAAAUGCCAGUGAAAUGACUAUGGACGAUUACUAUGUGAGUAACGUGUGGGACGUCAUAGAAACACCGGCUCAGAGAAAUGUCAUGAAAUACGUGUGUUGCCAAGCGCCCUUUAUCGACCUCACGUUUUCUAUAACCAUCAGAAGAAGAGCCACCUUCUAUGCUUACAUCCUCAUUCUACCCUGCGUGUUGCUGACGUCACUUACUUUGGUCCUUUUCUGGAUCCCGCCGGAAUCACCGGCAAAAAUGCAACUUGGAAUGUCCAUAUUUAUGGCUUUCUUCGUCUUACUGUUGUUGUUUGAAGGCAAUCUCCCUCCUGCAGCUAACGCGGUUCCCGUCCUAGGAACGUAUUAUUGCCUGAAUAUGGUACUAAUUACUCUUUCAUCAUUCCUCAACGUUUUUGUGGUUAACAUUUCCUUCAUCGGAGCGAGGGCAGCUGUCCCCUACAUGUUGAAAAGGGUGAUGUUUUCAUUCGUGGCGAGGGUCGUGUGUAUGGAAAACCUCGUCUUGCCUUUCAAAGACGAUAGUCAAGUGACGUGCCCACCCUCGCGCAGAUGUAUGAUUGGCAAUGGCGAGAAUAAGUGGGCGCCCCCUAACAACUGGAGGGGGUCGUCAGAGAUGACAGCCAACGCCCAAACCGAGACUGUUCAGAACCCUCAGUUGGCCGAGAUACACGCAAAACUUAACGAAAUACGAAAUUUCAUCAAAAUGUAUAAAGAAAGACUAGAAGAAAAAGACAGAAAAGAGAAAAUGGCCAAAGAGUGGAAGGCUUUAGCGCUGGUGUUCGACAGAAUAUUCUUUAUAAUUUAUAUAUCAACUAUCACUGUGUCUCUGUGCGUGGUCCUUCCCAUCAUAUUUAGUAGUUGAUAUUUAUGUUUAGGCGUCAACCACGGGAUCAACUCAAUUAGAGGGAUAUAUCAAGUGUUAAUAUGUCUACAUCAUAUAAAAAAAAAUAGUGUAUAAAGUUUUGCGUCUCACCAAAUUGUUUCAUUCUGUAAUCCGGAUUAUUUUGGCGUGCUGUAUUUUUAUAUGAAUCAUCUUCAAAUUAUAAAUGUUGCCAUCGUUAAUUAUGUUUACAUAUUCACUUACUAUGUUAAAAAGACUUGUAAAGGCCAGCUGUACAGUAGUUUAUCAGAAUGGACAGUAGAAACUGUUAAAUCAUACUAUACCUUAAUACGUGUAAUGGGUGGUAGGACAGAUAGCGAGGCCCAACAUCGGACUGUUAUUAGUGUAGGCAUCGGGUCCACUAGUGGAAUGGGGGUUGGGUGGAACCUCACCGUGAUAAAGGGAAAGUGAAGCAAAUUCUGCGGUGUCGGGUGGGAGCAGAGCGUUGUGGGCGGUGCCACCUGUACAUAGACAUUUCCAGCAACGGUUGCUAUACCAGUAACGCUGCGAGACAGGUGUGAUACAUUGUAUACCGUUGAGCUACCAUGUUUAAUUCACCAUAGACGUAUUUGUACAUGUAUUUUCAACUCAAUCGCGUGGUUUCGUUACCUUACGGACAACCUUUACUCAUUCGGUCUGUAUUAAGAAGGUAAGGGAUGGGAGCGAACCCUGUUAAAGUGGGAGUCAUUGGUUGAAACAAGUGUAGACUCGGUUUUAUCUGCUCGGUGAAACAUUAAUUUGUGAAUGAAUGUUAUCAAAGUAUUAAAAUUGUAAAGUCAGCACUGGCUAGGAAAAAACUUUAAAAUGAGUGUAAAAACAAAUGUAAGUCGUUGUAAAUGUUUUCCUUGUUUACAAGGGCCGACAACCCUGUUUGCCAAAAAUAUUCGUGUAAACCUACGUUGUAUUUGUCUCACUGUCGCUCAUAAAGAUGGAGGUUUCAGGUUUACCAUAUAUUACUGUUGACUAGUAUUAUGUUGUUUCUAAGUGAUAAAAUGUAAGCCGGAAGUUCGUGUUCCGAUUUAUUACUACACUGUUCGGUAGUACCGGAAGCUCAUGUUCCGGUUUAUUACUAUACUGUUGGGUAGUACCGGAAGCUCAUGUUCCGGUUUAUUACUACACUGUUGGGUAGUACCGGAAGCUCAUGUUGCGGUUUAUUACUACACUGUUUGGUAGUACCGGAAGCCCAUGUUCCGGUUAAUUACUACACUGUUGGGUAGUACCGGAAGUCCAUGUUCCGGUUUAUUACUACACUGUUCGGUAGUACCGGAAGCUCGUGUUCCGGUUUAUUACUACAGCGUUGGGUAGUACCGGAAGCUCAUGUUCCGGUUUAUUACUACAGCGUUGGGUAGUACUGGAAGCUCAUGUUCCGGUUUAUUACUACAUGUGUAAACCGUUGGGUAGUACCGGAAGCCCAUGUUCCGGUUUAUUACUACACUGUUGGGUAGUACCCCGAUACUGCUGUUGUUACUUACGUUCUAGUUGAUAUUCAAAUAAUUUAUUGAUACAUUAUGUAGUUCCUGACUUCCAUAUAUAAAAUAAAAUGGUGUACAUCUUGUGACGUAGUGAUUUCGCGAGAGCGCUCGACCUCGGUUGACCUCGAGACGAAAACACUCUGUACAUGCGAUGCACCAUUUGCCUAUGCAAGCAUCCUUUUGUACAUAUGUAUAUUGUACUGGGCGUUGGUCAACGAAUGGUGUUGCUGAACUACACUGCAUUAGGUGGGCUUUCUCCUCCCUACCGUGCACUCACGUGCUGUCACGAUUCACGAAUAUAUUAUAUACCAUGUAAUGUCUGUGUCGUCAGUGCAAACACACACGACUUUUUACCACGAAAUUUACCAUUACGGUAUUCCCCUAGUUCUUAUCGAAUUCAUGCCACCUUGUUAUAUAUUAAUAGAUCUAUAUUCUGUGCCACUAAUGUUGGGACUAAUUGUCUGUGGCAUACCCUAUAUGAUAGAUAUUAAAUAGCGCGCCUCGUAAGGGGCCAUUCCGUUUUUGAACGAAUUACAUGUAUAUAUUGCUUUCUGUAUUUCUGUAGUUUGAGUACGGCAUAAUAUUUUUUUUUUCAAAUGACCAGCCAAAAUAGGGAUUUAUUCUAUUUUUAUAUUUGUAGGUGAACUUUUGAAUUUAAAUAGUUUACAUUAUAAAUCAUAAUAAUGUAAUAUCAAAUUCUCUUAAUCAAGCUGUAUGACUGGUGAGUGGCAAUAACAUGCAUACAUGUGCUAGGUGUAUCUAAAUUAAAAUGGCUGACAUACCAAAACGAGAUGACAGUUGGCACUAACAUACAACUCAAACUGUCAUUUAACAGUGUUGAGGCAUAAAGUACAUAUAUUUGGUGACAUGUGUGAGGCUGUACAUUGAUACAGUUUGACACCAGAGUGAAAAGCUGUCUGUACGACACCAGAGUACAAUGUUGUCUAUAUCACACCGGAGUGAAAAGCUGUCUGUACGACACCAGACUACAAUGUUGUCUAUAUCACACCAGGGUACAAAGCUUUAUCUGUACGACACCAGGGUACCAUGUUGUCUGUACGACACCAGAUUACAAUGUUGUCUGUAUGACACCAGAGUACAAUGUUGUCUGUACGACACCAGGGUACAAUGUUGUCUGUAUGACACCAGAGUACAAUGUUGUCUGUAUGACACCAGGGUACAAGGUUGUCUGUAUGACACCAGGUUACAAUGUUGUCUGUACGACACCAGGGUACAAUGUUGUCUAUAUCACACCAGGGUACAAAGCUGUCGGUACGACACCAGGGUACAAUGCUGUCUAUAUCACACCAGGGUACAUGGCUAUCUGUUUGACACCAGGGUACGAUGUUGUAUGUAUGACACCAGGGUACAAUGUUGUCUGUAUGACACCAGGGUACAAGAUUGUUUGUAUGACACCAGGGUACUAGGUUGUCCGUAUGACACCAGGGUACAUGGCUGUCUGUACGUCACCAGGGUACAAGGUUGUCUGUAUGACACCAGGGUACAAGAUUGCCUGUAUGACACCAGAGUACAAAUCUGUCUGUAUGACACCAGGGUACAAGGUUGUCCGUAUGACACCAGGGUACAUGGCUGUCUGUACGUCACCAGGGUACAAGGUUGUCUGUAUGACAGCAGGAUGCAAAGCUGUCUGUAUGACACCAGUAUCAAAUUCUGUAUGUAUGUCACCAGGGUACAAGACUGUCUGUAUGAGAACAAAGUACAAUGCUGUCUGUUUGACACCAAGGUACAAGGCUGUCUGUACGCCGCCAGAUUACAAUACUGUCUGUACGACACUAGGGUACAAGGUUGUCUUUAUGACACCAGUGUACAAGGUUGUCUGUAGGACACCAGUGUGCAAGGUUGUUUGUAUGACACAAGUGUACAGGGCUGUCUGUAUGACACCAGGGUACAAUGCUAUAUGCAUAACACCAGGGUACAAGGCUGCCUGUAUGACACCAAAGUACAAGGCUAUAUGCAUAACACCAGGGUACAAGGCUGCCUGUAUGACACCAAAGUACAAGGCUAUAUGUAUAACACCAGGGAACAAGGCUUUAUGAAUGACACAAGGUUACAAGGCUGUCUGUAUGACACCAGUGUACACGGCUAUCUGCAUGACACCAGGGUAAAACGCUGUCUUUAUGACUCCAAAAUAAAAUGCUGUCUGUAUGACACCAGGGUACAUAGCUAUAUGUAUGACACCAGGGUUCAAGGUUGUAUGUAUGGCACCAGGGUACAACCUUGACUGUACGAUACCAGUGUACAAGGUUGUCUCUGUGACACGAGGGUACAAAGGUUUCUGUGUGACACAAGGGUACGAGGCUAUAUGUAUGCCGCAUGGGUUCAAGGUUGUAUGUAUGAAACCAGGGUACAAGGCUGUCUAUAUGAUACCAUUGUACAAGUUUGUCCGUAUGAUACCAGGGUACAAUGUUGUCUGUAUCACACCAGGGUACAAAGCUGGUCUGUAUGACACUUAGUACAAGGCUGUCUGUAUGAAACCAGGGUACAAUAAUGUCUGUAUGACACAAGGGUACCAUGCCGUCUGUAUACAAAUUAAAGUACAAGGCUGUUUGUAUGACAACAGGGUACAAAGCUGUCUAUAUUAUACCAGGGUAAAAUUUUGUCUGUAUGGCGCUAAAGUACAAGGCUGUCUGUAUGACACCAGGAUACAAGGUUGUCUGUAUGACACCAAAGUACAAGGGUGUCUGUAUGACACAAGGGUACAAGGCUGUCGGUAUGAUACCAGACUAACAUGUUGUAUGCAUGACACUAAAGUACAAGGCUAUCUGUAUGACACCAGGGUACAAGGCUGUAUGUAUGAUUCUAAAAUACAUGGCUGUCUGUAUGACACCAGGGUACCAUGUUGUCUGUGUGACACUAGGUACAAGGCUAUCUGUAUGACACCAGGGUACCAUGGUGUCUGUGUGAUACUAGGUACAUGGCUGUCUGUAUGACACCAGGGUUCCAUGUUGUCUGUGUGACACUAAAGUACAUGGCUGUCUGUAUGACACCAGGGUACCAUGUUGUCUGUGUGACACUAGGUACAAGGCUGUAUGUAUGAUAUUAAAAUACAAGGCUAUCUGUAUGACACCAGGGUACAAGGCUGUAUGUAUGAUACUAAAAUACAUGGCUGUCUGUAUGACACCAGGGUACCAUGGUGUCUGUGUGACACUAAAGUACAAGGCUAUCUGUAUGACACCAGGGUUCCAUGUUGUCUGUGUGACACUAAAGUACAAGGCCAUCUGUAUGACACCAGGGUACAAGGCUGUAUGUAUGAUUCUAAAAUACAUGGCUGUCUGUAUGACACCAGGGUUCCAUGUUGUCUGUGUGAUACUAGGUACAAGGUCAUCUGUAUGACACCAGGGUACAAGGCUGUAUGCAUGACACCAGGGUACAAGGCUGCAUGUAUGAUUCUAAAAUACAUGGCUGUCUGUAUGACACCAGGGUACCAUGGUGUCUGUGUGAUACUAGGUACAAGGCUAUCUGUAUGACACCAGGGUUCCAUGUUGUCUGUAUGACACCAGUGUACAAGGCUAUCUGUAUGACACCAGGGUACAAGGCUGCAUGUAUGAUACUAAAAUACAUGGCUGUCUGUAUGACACCAGGGUAUCAUGGUGUCUGUGUGACACUAAAGUACAAGGCCAUCUGUAUGACACCAGGGUACAAGGCUGUAUGUAUGAUUCUAAAAUACAUGGCUGUCUGUAUGACACCAGGGUACCAUGCUGUCUGUGUGACACUAAAGUACAAGGCUAUCUGUAUGACACCAGUAUACAAGGCUGGCUAUUUGGCACCAGCGAUUAUCUUGAUGACACGAGCUACAAACUGUCUUUAUUAUACCGGAUACAAUAUGAUCUGUAGGACGCCAUGUUACAUGGUAAUCUGUACGAUUCUGGGUUCUUAGACAGUCUUUUGUACAUUGCAAUGUCAAUGACAUAACAUUAUACAUUGUAUGUAAAUGUGUAUGUCACUGACGUAGCAUGAUACAUUGUAUGUAAAUGUGUACGUCAAUGAUGUACCGUUAUACAUUGUAUGUAAAUGUGUACGUUAAUGAUGUACCGUUAUGCAUUGUAUGUAAAUGUGUAUGUCACUGAUACAACGUUAUGCAUUGUAUGUAAAUAUGUACGUCACUGAUGUAACGUGAUGCAUUGAACAUGUAUAUACAUGUGUAUGUCACUGAUUGAACCAGUUACAUGGUAUGUUUGUCACUGAUGUAAUGUAAUACAUUGUAUGUAAAUUCGUCUGUCAAUGAUCUAACUUCAUAUAUUGUAAAUGUCUGUAUCACUGGGAUGACAUCAUAUGACAGGUCAUAUGAUCAGGUCACUAUAUGCACCGUAAGAUAUCGGCCACUAAAUGACAUGAUACACUGUCAUUUAAUGUUAAUAACAAUUUUCUAGCCUCAUACAAUGUGUGCCAUUGAUUUAACAUAAAACAAUUGAUACACUAUAUGUGUGUAUGUCUAGGUCAUUGAUUUAGCAUGCUACACUGUUUGUGAGGAUCGAACAGUGUAUGUAGAUGUAAACGUCGCUGAUCUAAUGUCAAUUACUGUUUGUAAAGGCUAAAGGUCAUCGAUUAAACAGUAUACACUGUGUGUAAAAGUUAUGGUCACUGAUCGGAUGAAGUUAUUCACUGUAUAUAAUGUUAAAUGUCACUGAAUAAACAUGAUAUACACCGUGUUUGAAUGUCUACGUCACUGAUAUGAUGACGUAAUGCACUGUAUGUAAAGGUUAAAGGUCACUGAUCUAGCACAUAUGAUAUAUACUAUAUAGAUGUAAAAAUUAUCAAGCUACAUAAAAUCUACAUGUUUAUGUAAAUGAUUUACAUAAAACACCUAUAUUAAUGUUCACGGUCAUGAAUGUGUGUGUCACUGAUCGAUUAGGAUACAUUGUGUAAUACGGUCCGCAUUACUUAGCGGAAUAUAAACGUUCCCUGUCGUCGUUAAUUAGUCUGUAUCUGGUCAUGCAUGAUAUAAUGGCGGCCUAAACAACGUAAUGCUAUUAUUUGAUGGUCACGUGAGAUUAAAAACACAUACAACUAUGAAGAGUACAAGGAAUGAAUAUCUGUGUCGAAACAAUGGGCCCUGUUUCUAUUCCUCUGUCCAUGGAUAGGGCAUUGUUCUGUCUACUGUACUACAUAGGAAAGUGCAGCGAAAUGGCGUGGUUCUUUCUUCUCAGCUGUCACAGGGUCGAUCGUGUUUUUUGUUUAUACAAUGUAAUUUUCUGUCAUAAGAAGGGACCAGGGACUCACUUAGCACAGGGAGGGACGUGGUAUUUAUAUCUACGUGUUACAGGAAGAGACGUGGUACAAUGUACUUGUAUCUACCUGUUACAGGAAGGGACGUAGUACUUGUAUCUACGUAUUACAGGAAGGGGCGUGUUACUUUUACAUAUGUAUCUACCUGUUACAGGAAGGGACGUGGUCCUUGUACAUCUGUAUCUACCUGUUACAGGAAGGGACAUGGUAAUCUACAUUGUUACAGGAGGGGACGUGAUACUUGUACAUCUGUUUCUACCUGUUACAGGAAGGGACGUGGUACUUGUACAUCUGUAGCUACCGGUUACAGGAAGGAACGUGAUACUUGUGCAUCUGUAUCUACCUGUUACAGGAAGGGACAUGGUACUUGUACAUCUGUAGCUACCGGUUACAGGAAAAGACAUGGUACAAUCUACAUCUGGAUCUAUCUGUUACAGGAAGGGACGUGGUACAUGUACAUCUAUAUCUACCUGUUACAGGAAGGGACGUGGUACAUGUUCAUCUGUAUCUACCUGUUACAGGAAUGGACAUGGAACAUGUACAUCUGUAUCUACCUGUUACAGGAAGGGACGUGGUACUUGUACAUCUGUAUCUACCUGUUACAGGAAGGGACGUGGUACUUGUACAUCAGUAUCUACCUGUUACAGGAAGGGACAUGGUACUUGUACAUUUUAUCUACCUGUUACAGGACGGGACGUGGUUCAUGUUCAUCUGUAUCUACCUGUUACAGGAAGGGACGUGGUACUUGUACAUCUGUAUCUACCUGUUACAGGAAGGGACGUGGUACUUGUACAUCUGUACAAAAUGUAACUACCUGUUCACAGGAAGGGACGUGGUACUUGUACAUCUGUAUCUACCUGUUCACAGGAAGAGACUUGGUACAUGUACAUCUGUCUCUACCUGUUAUAGAAUUUAAGAAAGGUACAUGGUGUACUUAUAUCCACCUGUUAUAUGAAGGGGCGUGGUUCCUGUGUCUGCACGUCACUUUUCUGUUGAGGAAUAGGUACCAUUUUAACUGUCAGCUCGUCACCUCUUUGUAUUAAGGCGAGUGUAUAGCAUAAUAUAGUUUCAUAGAAAUCAGUGAUCAUUUCCCCAUUUAACAAGAAAUAUGGCAUAUCGAUAGAUUAAUAAUAUCCUUUAGAUUCCUGGGUUAUUCAGUAGAUUUAACAGCGUGAACCCUUUGUGGUUAUUUACCGCAGCAUAUGUGAAAUCCGAGUAAUGUUGCUCCACACAAAAAGGCCUUUUGAGAAAGUUUUAAAUUUCUGUAAUUCAUUAUUUGUCUUAAUUAUUAUUCCACAAGUAGAUCAUUUCCAAAUAACCAUUUGUCAUCUCUUAUCUGUCUAUUUGUGACUUGUAACGGACACUAUUCAUCCAAUUACCAUAUUUUCUUUGUUAUAAAUUUGACCCAUAUACUCGUCCACUUCUCACUACUGAUUAAAUAGGUAUAACCUUAGGAACUAUGGGGGCCUUAUUUAUAACGUUAUUUCGUAUUCGUCCAGAAUGGACUUUAAAACAAUAUUCCCUUCAUGUAACAUUUCACUGUUAUUGGUUAAAAUGGAGUACCUUUCAAAGUAGGUCACAAUAAUAUGGAAAGGGCCCACUCAUUGAUGUAGAAGCCGGAGCUGUAACGUCCCGCGGGAUGGGGUGUCUUAGCGAGAGAGAGGGCUGCCAUUUCUAUCAAGCUUGAUCAGGUUCUGGUUGAAAUGUACACAUUUUUACGUCACCGAUAUACAAAUAUGUAUAAAAACAAUGUAACAUAUUACGAACGUGUGUGAGAAAUGGUGCGUGUGUCAUUUAUCUUCAGUCAAGUCAGUCGUAUUUUUUUCAUUUUCCUUGUUAAUGCACAUUUAAAAAAAUUAAAACGAAUUAUCUUUUUCCAUGUGCGUGUUUUUGAGUGUUAAGGGACAUGUUGACGCGAUAUAGACAGAUGGUAUCCGUGUUCUGGGGAAGCUCAUGUCCUAUUCUACUCCUUAUUUCCACUGCUUGUUUGGCCGUUUUACCCUAUGUUUGCUCUCAGGUCUACUAUAAGUGUGCCAAUAACUGUUUGUAUCCUAAUUUAUUCAUUAUAUUGCGUGUCACCUAUUAUGUAAGGGCGGACAUACGUAUGUUCCUACAUAACAAGGGCAGGUCAAUCGCGGGGCGAGUAAUCGAUACCUGGUGUUAUGUUAUGUUUUAAAUAAAACCUUUGUUGAUCUAUGAAGUGUUAUUUGCCCCACUCUCGGGCGUCCUCAUGACCUUUGGUUGACCUCCCUAAUGUAGGAACACGCGACAACACCCACCAAGAGCUGCCCACGUCCCUGCUAUUGUUGUGUGCGGUACACUAGAUACAGCGGCUGACAAGUGACACUUUCCUUUAAUAUGGGAAUGACGGUUUUAUAUCACGGUGAAAUAAAUUCAUCUCAUAAUAA